AUGGUCCAAGUGAAUCGAUACUAUCUCCCACCCACAAAGCUCAUUCCCAACUCCCCGCAACCUCUCCUCCACUACAAAGGCCUCUUCUCCGAAUCCGACUUUCGCCCCGAAACCAUACACACCAAAUUCCACCAAAACGGCUGGAAAACACAAUGGAUCUUCCGCUACGGUCCAACCCAACAGUCCCACUACCACUCCGCAGUCCACGAGUGCAUGAUCGUCUUAACCGGUACAGCGACAAUCCGUUUCGGAGUCGCUGACACAGACCCAGACCUCGACAAGAACACCUGGGCCGGCGCCAGGGAAAACGGCGGCGUUGAGAUUAAUGCACAGUCCGGCGACGUCUUUGUUAUUCCAGCUGGUGUGGCGCACAAGACGUACGAUACUACACCCGCUGCGCCGUUCUCUUUGCUCACGCCGGGGAGGGGGCGUGGGAUUCAGGCAGAGAAUGUGGAAGACACGCUGGCGAAGGUCGAGCUUACGGGAUUUACUAUGAUGGGCGCGUAUCCGGAGAAUCGUGGGGGGUGGGAUUUUGUAAUUGGUGAAGAGGAUGUCGGAAGGCUCAAGGCUGUAUGGAAUGUUGCGAAGCCGGAGAAAGACCCAGUACUUGGUGAUGCUCCAAAUGGUCUAGUUGGGCUAUGGAAGGAUACUCCAGAGUUAUAUGCAAAGAUCUAG